CUCUCCGUAGUACUACGCGGGACGUCACGCGAGCGGUAUGUUACACGUUUUUGUAUCCCGUUUGGUUAGAAGCGACGAGCGACGGGGCUGCAAGUCGAUUGUUUGGCGUGGCGCGAGUUUGUCCGAGAAGAGAAUCGUCGCGUCCGCGACGAAAGCGCGCGUUCCAUUCCGGCCGUUGCGAACGACCGGGCGUUUUCGUCACGCUUCGCCUUCUUGUGUUUACGUUCGCGAGUGAGCGAGUGCGCGCGCGCGCGCGCCCCGCCGUCGCUGCCGCCGUCGUGUUUAGUUCACCGAGAAACUUCAGACUUGGAGGCGAGCGUGAGAGAAGACGACCGUGAAUGUGCCAAAGAUGUUGGAUUAUUUAUCGCGCGAACAAUUCACCGCGAUCGCACGCGAUCCCAGCGCAAUCCCUAAUUUUGACUGGGACUGCGCGUAAACGAAAAACGUGAAGUUCGCCGGCGGGAAGAGACCUGAAGUUGCCGCUUGAAGCGUAGAAGCAACGGGCGGACCGGCCCGCCGUGGGUUCUCGGCAAUUUUCGGCGGUCGUCGUCGCAGCGCCGCGCCGCGUUACGCCGCGGUACGAAAUAUCGUGAGGGUUAGUUGACCCGGCGCGUCGUCGCGUCACGUUUGUUCUUACCUUUGCGAGCGUAAUUCGCAUGGAGAUACGAAUUGCACGUGCGCGCAUGUAAUUGUCGAGGCACGUGUCGGGCGAGCGACGCGAGUGAUAAAUAUUCCGAUUUCUUCCGCGUCUCUCCGUGACGGUAAUUUACAUCGAAAAUUCACGCUACGUUGAAAUCACCGUGUGAAACGUGCGCGUGUGUCAUAUGUAUAUAUAUAUGUGUAUGUGUGUAUGUGUGCUGUGUGUCUGUGUGUGUAUAUGUGAAAGAAAAAUGUGCGACGUGCUCGGAAACCACGUGUAACGUCGCGUUUUCUCAGGUCGAAGAUCAGACGCGACCCAUCUCCGCGAAGCUUCUUACGGUACGCGACAUCGAAAAAGAGCUUGUGCAUUAGUGAAUCAUCGGUGUUAUCUAUUCCAUAUACGAAGAAUUUUCGAGCCGCAGCUCGAGUGUCGUGAUUUAUUUCAUCUCCUCACGUUCACGCGACUCGAGUUCGAGAAUCAUCCGUGAUUCGCGCGAGACUCGGCGCGACCGGAAGUGAGUCCCUCGCGAGCCGAGCUCGGUUCUGCUUUGGUUCGCGGCGAACGGUGCGAGGAUGCGCGCGAGCGAACUGGCGUCUUUCCGCGUAAAACGACGCGGAUGACAAAACUCGUAAUAUCGCGUCGCACUUGGCACGGUGAAGAACGUUCUCGUUUUCGCGAGCUUCGUCGUCGUUGGUGUGCACCGUGAACGCGGGGGUGUAACCGUGUGUGAGAACAGUGUGCGAAUUUUAGUGUGCGCGAGACGACAAUCGCACGAAAGGGAAAUACCAUCGGCCAUUUGACGCAAGAUGGAUUACCAGCGGCUGCUGUCCAACAAUAACAACAAUUAUCCCACGCAUCAUCAUUGGUUCCCGAAGAUGUGCUCCUGCCUCGACGGCAGCUCCACGCUGCCGAGUAAUCGAGCCGCAAGCUACGAAAGGCUCGGUUCCGAUCUCACGAUCUUCGAGCUCAACAGCACCAGGAGUCGAAGAAGAGAUCAGGAUUCGAUCGACAGCGAAAGACAGGAAGAAUUGCGGUUCUACAAUAAUGAUCACACCUUUACAACCGUGGUCGUGGAGAAGAAUCUUCGAACUAUCGAUCUCUGCGAACUGCUUAAAGUAAAAAGAAACACGAUCGGCGCAGCCUGGUCGAUAAUUGAGACAUGGCCGAAACUUGGAAUCGAACGUACGUUAGAAGACCACGAAGAUAUCCUCGCUGUUCAUAGGGAAUUGGAAAUGUUCGCUUCGCGGUACGAGAGGAGGUUCUAUUUCAAUCAGGACUUUUUGAAAUACGAAGUAUUCAUUAAGCCAAUGCAAUUUUUUCCCGCGGACAUGAUCACGUUUCCCAGCGGGGAGGAGAGGGGCACGUUCACCGACGCCGAGAGCGCGCUAAGGAAUUACCUGUUACGGGAGGAUAGCGAGUGCCCGUACGUAUUCAGCAUGGUUUGGAUGCGAAAUGCGAGUUCAAGCUGGAAGAAGAUGUACAUGCUACUCCAAGGCCGGAAACUCUACACGACAAAGAAAGUGAGUGAAUCACAUUCUCGUGUUAGUAAUUGCGAUUUUUAUUUUGUAAUUUAAUUCGUAUUACGUGCGAUUUUAAAUCAAUGUGGUGUACUUGUCGGCAGACUCUCUCUCUCUCUCUCUCUCUUUCUCUCUCUGUCUCUCUGUCUCUCUCGCUCGCUCUCGACGAGUUCCUCUUCUAAGUCACGAUUCCGAAUACGAAUUAUGAAGCUUUAAACGGUCCGCGAAAGAAUUACUCAGCGUUGCUGGCCACUCAAUUCAAACGCACGCAUUAUCUUCCAUUUUGCGGCUACAGGCUGACGUCUCGGAAUACGGGAAGACGUUACGGUUGUUACGUUACAUAAAGAAAUACUGCUUCCCAAUGUUAAUAGGGGAAACACAUAUUCAGCGCGUGAUGAUUAAUACGUUAACAUGAAGCGAUGGUGAGUUUCUCUUCUUUUCCUACGCUCGAUUAUCUUUAUGCGAUCGCAGUAGAAAAUGUAAUUUCGCGACGGAGAUCGGGUUCUUCUCUGACUCAUCGUCGGUGAAACGUUCUUUAAAGACCGAGUAAGCGAUUCCUAGACGAUAAACGGUCGUCAAGACUCUACGUGCAUCGAUGCGCAUAGUUCUCGCAGGUGUUAACACUUUUCUCAAGGACUUUACGGUGCCCGUCCGUUACACACGAUGAGUAGUCAGGACGUAUCGCUGGCAAUUUAUUUGUAAGCCAUUAAACGACAUUAACAUGUAACAGCUGGGACGCUUUUGUAGCGGAAGAUACGAGAAACUUGCUACUUUUUUUUUU